AUGCGUCAAUUAUGGCAAAAUAUUGAGUUUCUGUUCAUAGAUGAAAUUUCUAUGGUACCCUAUGAGAUACUUUGUAUGAUCGACUCUCGUUUGCGACAACUGAAAAUCCCAGACGCUUGUUUUGGUGGCAUAAACGUGAUACUCUUUGGUGAUCUAAUGCAGUUACCACCUGUUAGAGAACAUCAAGUUUUUCAACAACCAGAUCAUAUGAAGCCAGCUACACAUUUGUGGCGACAGUUCGGUCUGGUUGAACUUAAUAUAGAUGUACUUAAUGCCCUACGAGUUGAAGAAAUGACGUCUAGGCAACUUGAAAUCCUUAUUGAAAAAGUGUCAACGGAUGCGACUAAUGAAUUUUCGAUUGAGAAAGCAUUAAGAAUUUACCCAACGAAUGAUCAAGUUGCUAGACACAACGAAAAAGUUCUCCAUAGUUUUGAGAAUAAAGGAACAGUUAUUUAUACAAUAAAAGCACAAGACCAACUUAUUGAUGCCACUCGUAAUUUAGGUAACAAGGAUUUAAAUUCUGUGAUACCUAAUGAUAUUAAUAAAACAGGAGGUCUUCCGAAAGUACUGAAAAUAUUCGUAGGGGCUAAAGUGAUGUUGAGGUCGAGCAUUGACGUGUCAAAAGGUUUAGUAAAUGGCAAUAUGGGUUUUAUCACUGAUUUUAUCACGGUUUUCACGCGGAAGACAUCCCGUCAGUCCGUAUCGACUUCGGUUCUGAUGGUGUGCACAUGA